CGUCAUUGCUGUAAUUGAUUGAUGGACGAGUGAGAAGACUUGCUUGCCUCAUCCCUCUUUCAUUUCAGCUUCUCAGUGGUCAGAUUUCAUAACCAUCCCAAUCCAUACAAAAACGCAGAAAACCCGACCCAACAAGUUAAAUAAAACACCUCGUCAUACGACAUCGCACGCGAUUCGACAUCGGCAAUUGCCGGAAAACGAAAGUGUCUCGUUGCAUGUGCGUCCACGGAGGCUCUCACGUUGUCGCCCAUCGUCAUCGAUCAGUCGUGCAAGUAGUUUAAUUGCAUUGGUUUGCAGCUCAUCUACUUCACCCACUAUCUGUCUCUCGGCCAGCAUUCAAUUCCAUUGCAACCUCCAUCCGUCUCCCACCCCCUGACACCAUACUCGCUUGCCUAACCCUAACGCCUUCCUCUGUUUUCUCGCCCUCGUUGUCUCCUGGGUCCGACCUUAACCAGCAUCACCAAAAACUCAAGAAUCCUUUUCUCUUCGCAUAUAAAUCCCUCUCCAGAUCAAACCCAGAUCUUAGUUUUCUGUAUUAGCCCCCUAGAUCCGCUCCCUCUUGCUCUGAGCUUCGAAAAAUGGAGCUCUGUUUCUUGGAUAAGCUAAAGGGCCAGCCUUCAUUGGUCAUUUUGCUCUUCACUCUCGGUUCAAUCUCAAUUCUCAAGUUCUCGCUUGUUUUCCUCAACUGGGUCUACGUCAGUUUCCUCAGGCCCGCCAAAAAUCUGAAGAAGUACGGCUCGUGGGCGCUCAUCACCGGGCCCACCGACGGCAUCGGCAAGGGGUUCGCUUUCCAGAUUGCUCGGAAGGGGAUUAAUCUGGUCCUCGUCGGCCGGAACCCCGAUAAGCUGAAGGAGGUCUCCGACGCGAUCCUGGCCAAGUACGGGAAGGUGCAGAUCAAGACGGUGGUCGUCGAUUUCGCCGGGGACAUCGACGCGGGCGUCGGGAGGAUCAGCGAGACGAUCGAGGGGUUGGACGUGGGGCUAUUGAUCAACAAUGUCGGCAUGUCCUAUCCGUACGCGAGGUUCUUCCAUGAGUUGGACGAGGAGCUGCUGAAAAACUUGAUUAAGAUCAAUGUGGAAGGGACCACCAAGGUCACUCAGGCUGUUUUGGCUGGGAUGAUUAAGAGGAAGAAGGGAGCUAUUGUCAAUAUUGGAUCAGGGGCUGCGAUUGUGAUCCCCUCGGAUCCACUCUACUCUGUUUAUGCCGCCACGAAGGCCUAUGUUGAUCAGUUCUCCAGGUGUCUCUACGUUGAAUAUAAGAAGAGCGGCAUCGAUGUCCAGUGUCAGGUUCCACUGUACGUGGCCACCAAGAUGGCGUCAAUCAAGCGGUCGUCUUUCUUCGUGCCAUCACCUGAAGGCUAUGCUCGGGCAGCUCUGCGUUGGAUUGGCUAUGAACCCCGAUGCACCCCCUACUGGCCCCAUUCCCUCCUCUGGGGUCUUGCUUGCUUGUUGCCAGAGUCGGUGAUCGAUUCGUGGCGGCUGCAGUUUUGCCUCGGCAUCAGGAAGAAGGGUCAGCUCAAGGACUCGAGGAAGAAGGAAUAGUGUGGAAAUCGCUCGACUCUAAGGCUCGUGCGCGGGUUAUGCACGGAGCUGUGCUUGUUCUAUGUGCGAGAUUUUCUUCUUUUCCAAAGUGUAUGCUCUUCGAAAUUCAUGCUUUAGAUGCUUUUUUUGUGUUAGCACGCUUUGAUGGGUUAAAGUAGUCUAUUGCAUUACAUUA